CGCAGUUGUUACGAGGACGGUUGUUAAUUGAAAGUGGUUGUUUUCGAAAACUGUUUGUUAUUCUAUACUUUCAUGUUACUGUUCGUGUAAUUAACUAAGUUUUCAUCAGAUUGCCGAAAUUAUGAUGAUGGAAUUAGCGUCAUUAUUCGGCUGAGAGUACGUAGUAUUUAAAGCAAUGGGUCGCCAGGGAUGGCUGGAGUGAACGAGACCUUCUCGACGGCCGCGCCCAGCUCGGUGGUCCCGCCGGAGGACGAGAUGUCGACGGUGGAGCCCGACCUCGCGGCCCGGUCCUCGGGCAUCCCGCUGAUCUUCGUGCCCCUGGGGCUGGUGGUGGCCGUCAUCAUGCUGUCCGCAGGGGUGUUCCUGAUGGUGCGCAAGCGCAGGCUGGACCGGCUGCGACACCACCUCAUGCCCCUGUACAACUUCGACCCUGCGGAGGAGGGCGAGGACUGGGAGGCGGAGCUGCUGGAUGAGGGCCCGGAGCACCGCGUGGGACGCAAGGGCUACAAGUCCACGGUCACGGAGACAACCGAACUGUUUGCGAGGUAAAAUGCAGAGCGCUUCGUGGCGCUCGAUCUUCACGAUCUUCAACUAAAGGAUCUUCCAACAGUGCGUUCAUUGGACACUGCGUCGGUCUAGUCAUUCACAGCCGGAGACAAUGUCUGCAGCGCAGCUAUUGGGCGGCAGCAACUUUCAGCUGUUUUUUCUAUUUACAUCUUGCUAAUACUCCGCAUUGUGAUACUAUUAGUUACCAAGAGAUCUGAACUCCAGCUAAUUAUGUUAUGUAAUGCUUAGUUUUCAUGCAGUACAGCCCUGUUAUAAGCAUCACGCUUGUAACAAUGUUGUUUUACAGUCCAUGUAAUUUAUCCAUGACAUAAAAAGAUGUGUAUUUCCUGGGUAUAAAAUUUCAUAUUCUAAUAUAUCCUGCUUUUAAUGUCAUAAGAAAAAAAAGCUACAAAAUGAAAAACAUUAUUCAUUAUAUUUGCAUUGUGACUGCCAGAAAAAUAAGUCUUCUACUGAUUGAACUUUUACAAGUGGGGAAAACAGGUCUGGGAAGGAUUACCCAUCUAAUUGAUUGCUGUUUUAUUUAUUAGCUACUAUGUACAAUGUUUACAAAAUUAUGACAAUUUUAAUGCUUUAAUGACAAGUUCAUAAGUCGACUAUUUAUUCUCCCCACUGGAAUUCUGCUCAACAGUGGCUCGUUCUACUUGUCAUGUUUUCACGCACCUCGGUCGCAACACUGCUUCGCGCUGCUCUCUCGUCCGUGCCACGACACCGCUCCCAAUGCCCCGAUCUUCACACACAAAGGUCACUCACCUUCUCUUUACUCUCUGGUCACUCUGAGGAUCUGUCAGUAGUGCCACCAGCCCACGUGCACAUCACAUGCAGUCUCUUGUCACCCUCGCUGGAGGUCAGCGUCAUCUUACAUGCCUGCAGACAUUCUGCCCUGGGACUCCGGGGUGUCAUGUCAUCAGAGUCUAAGCUGCGAGAACAACGGUGUGCUAGUUAUGCCACUUCACGCGGACGUGUCCAACACUCAAGAGGGAACAGAGAGGCGCUGCUGCUAAUUGGAUCACCACAUAGCGGAGUGACAGGCACUACCCUUGCCCAUCACCACCUAGCGGAGUGACAGGCACUACCCUUGCCCUUCACCACGUAGCAGAGUGACAGGCACUACCCUUGCCCAUCACCACCUAGCGGAGUGACAGGCACUACCCUUGCCCAUCACCACCUAGCGGAGUGACAGGCACUACCCUUGCCCUUCACCACGUAGCAGAGUGACAGGCACUACCCUUGCCCUUCACCACGUAGCAGAGUGACAGGCACUACCCUUGCCCUUCACCACGUAGCGGAGUGACAGGCACUACCCUUGCCCGUCACCACCUAGCGGAGUGACAGGCACUACCCUUGCCCGUCACCACCUAGCGGAGUGACAGGCACUACCCUUGCCCGUCACCACCUAGCGGAGUGACAGGCACUACCCUUGCCCGUCACCACCUAGCGGAGUGACAGGCACUACCCUUGCCCGUCACCACCUAGCGGAGUGACAGGCACUACCCUUGCCCGUCACCACCUAGCGGAGUGACAGGCACUACCCUUGCCCGUCACCACCUAGCGGAGUGACAGGCACUACCCUUGCCCUUCACCACGUAGCAGAGUGACAGGCACUACCCUUGCCCAUCACCACCUAGCGGAGUGACAGGCACUACCCUUGCCCUUCACCACGUAGCGGAGUGACAGGCACUACCCUUGCCCUUCACCACGUAGCGGAGUGACAGGCACUACCCUUGCCCGUCACCACCUAGCGGAGUGACAGGCACUACCCUUGCCCGUCACCACCAAGCGGAGUGACAGGCACUACCCUUGCCCGUCACCACCAAGCGGAGUGACAGGCACUACCCUUGCCCAUCACCACCAAGCGGAGUGACAGGCACUACCCUUGCCCUUCACCACGUAGCGGAGUGACAGGCACUACCCUUGCCCGUCACCACCUAGCGGAGUGACAGGCACUACCCUUGCCCUUCACCACGUAGCGAAGUGACAGGCACUACCCUUGCCCUUCUCCACGUAGCGGAGUGACAGGCACUACCCUUGCCCGUCACCACCUAGCGGAGUGACAGGCACUACCCUUACCCGUCACCACCUAGCGGAGUGACAGGCACUACCCUUGCCCGUCACCACGUAGCGGAGUGACAGGCACUACCCUUGCCCGUCACCACCUAGCGGAGUGACAGGCACUACCCUUGCCCGUCACCACCUAGCGGAGUGACAGGCACUACCCUUGCCCGUCACCACCUAGCGGAGUGACAGGCACUACCCUUGCCCUUCACCACCUAGCGGAGUGACAGGCACUACCCUUGCCCGUCACCACGUAGCGGAGUGACAGGCACUACCCUUGCCCGUCACCACCUAGCGGAGUGACAGGCACUACCCUUGCCCGUCACCACCUAGCGGAGUGACAGGCACUACCCUUGCCCUUCACCACGUAGCGGAGUGACAGGCACUACCCUUGCCCUUCACCACGUAGCGGAGUGACAGGCACUACCCUUGCCCGUCACCACGUAGCGGAGUGACAGGCACUACCCUUGCCCGUCACCACCUAGCGGAGUGACAGGCACUACCCUUGCCCUUCACCACGUAGCAGAGUGACAGGCACUACCCUUGCCCUUCACCACGUAGCAGAGUGACAGGCACUACCCUUGCCCGUCACCACCAAGCGGAGUGACAGGCACUACCCUUGCCCUUCACCACGUAGCGGAGUGACAGGCACUACCCUUGCCCUUCACCACGUAGCGGAGUGACAGGCACUACCCUUGCCCUUCACCACGUAGCGGAGUGACAGGCACUACCCUUGCCCUUCACCACGUAGCGGAGUGACAGGCACUACCCUUGCCCUUCACCACGUAGCGGAGUGACAGGCACUACCCUUGCCCUUCACCACGUAGCGGAGUGACAGGCACUACCCUUGCCCUUCACCACGUAGCGGAGUGACAGGCACUACCCUUGCCCUUCACCACGUAGCGAAGUGACAGGCACUACCCUUGCCCUUCACCACGUAGCGGAGUGACAGGCACUACCCUUGCCCGUCACCACCUAGCGGAGUGACAGGCACUACCCUUGCCCGUCACCACCUAGCGGAGUGACAGGCACUACCCUUGCCCGUCACCACCUAGCGGAGUGACAGGCACUACCCUUGCCCGUCACCACCUAGCGGAGUGACAGGCACUACCCUUGCCCUUCACCACGUAGCGGAGUGACAGGCACUACCCUUGCCCGUCACCACCUAGCGGAGUGACAGGCACUACCCUUGCCCUUCACCACAUAGCGGAGUGACAGGCACUACCCUUGCCCGUCACCACCUAGCGGAGUGACAGGCACUACCCUUGCCCGUCACCACCUAGCGGAGUGACAGGCACUACCCUUGCCCAUCACCACGUAGCAGAGUGAUAGGCACUACUCUUGCCCGGGAGGUGGGGCCUCCUUUGAACCCCCUGCGAGGCACCCCGGGCUGACAGGCCUGCCUCGUCUCUGGCAUCCUCCUAACAGUAUCAAUACAGCAAAUUAAUUUGAAGAGUUGCAGUAAGACUUUUGAUUAGCCGUCGCCAUCUGGACCAGGACUAUGACAGGUAAUUGAAUAGUCAGAUAACAGAGAUCUGUUGAUACUUAUGUACAGUAACGUGAUUUCAAUGCAGGCUUGGGGUGCAAAUGCAAACAAAAUCCUUUAAAACUAAAUAAUGCGUGCAUACAUACAUUUGUAGCUUAAUACAGUAGGAUGUGUAGAAGUAAUCUUUAGAAAAAAAUUUAAGUUGUUUUUUCUUUGUUGGUACAGUUUUUUAUAUAGAAAAUAACAUACAGAAAUUAUGGUUAAUCAAAGUUCUACUGUAUUUAUAUGAACAUACUACUUCAAUUUAAAAUGAACCCAUGGAAAUAAUACUCCAAUAGGAGCAAAUAUCUUUAUAAGCACUGCUCAUUUAUUGUUAGUUUUCUUUAUUAUGGUAGCUAUUGUAGAUAGUGAAAAGUUCUAACUACCUAAUAGUUAAUCAUGAAACAUAUUUAACAGCAGUAAUACAUUUUAAAAUAAGUUCCUACUUAAGAUGUUUAUUUUUUUUAUUUUCUCCUUGAAAAUGUUUAUAACAGGGCUCUACUGUAUCCUUAUUCUUACGUAUUGUGUAAAAUGACAUAUCAUUAUUAUACAUUAACAAAUUCUACUGACUAAAACUGUAAAUGUGAUUGUAUAAUUUCUACAUUUUUUUUUUUUUUUUUUUUUUACAUGUUUUGGCAGCUGAACUUGUUUAUGACUGAUGUUACUUGCCCUGUGUAAGAAAUGUUACGUAUGAUGUGUUGCUGUUGUGGUUAUGAGGGUAGCAUAACUUCUUGUGCACUGCCGACUAUUGGCGCCACUGUUUACUCAAAGAAGAGGCCCUUGCGGUCUUUGUUGAAGAAAAGAAAAAAGACAAAGGCAGUGUAAAAAAAAAAAGCUGUUUGAAUCAAUGAGAAAAUAUUUUCCAUGCAAAGUUAUGGUAAGGCUGGUUCGUGAAGCCUUUUGCCGUUUAGCCGUCUUAUAAUAAAUAUAUAAGUUCUUAAUUUAGCACUCUGUUUCUAGAGUAAAAAUGUAGCAAUCUGAAGGUGUGUAACAUCUUAUCUACAAGGAGUUACUUCACAUAUGUAUACUUGGAGUUAAGUCACUUAUGGCUGUGAAGAAUAAAUGUAAUAAUUAAGAACUUUAAAAUCCACAAAUAAUUUUUAUCAUUUGUUGUCUUCGUACUAGAGAUGUUUUGCAUUAUAGACGCAGCUAUGAAUUAGUGUUGUUAAUACUGAUACUGUAUCAAACAUCACAUGUGCCCAGUUCUUGCAAAAAGCCUGAAGAAAGUUUUUUUUCUACUUCAUGUGGAGUGGGAUGUCUGCUUUUGAAACACUCCAACCCAUUAUCCUUUAAGUGUGUUUUACUGAUGCUUAAUUUUACAUUUCUUUGCUCAAUGUAUAUAUGUGUAGUUGCAAAUAAAGUACCACCUUUAUUUAUAAAAGUA